UUUCAACCUGAAAAACAAAAACCCCGCAGCCCACCCCCUAUCCACCCACCUACCCCUUGGUUUUUCUCUAACAUGCACCAUCACCUUCUCUCUUCCUUCAUCACCAUGGCUCCUCCAUCAUCUUCUUCUUCUUCCAAACCCCUCAAAAAACCCUCAAAUCCAAACCCCAAUACAAAUUCCCCAAAUUGCCCCUCAUCCCAACUAUGUAAUCACUCCCCAUCAGCUACCCUUGAUCUUCUCAUCUUCAUUCUUGUACUUUUCUCAGGCACUUUCCUCAUUAUUUCCUACUUCUCUUACAUCUUUAAUUCCCUUUCUCUCCUUUUCCCAUACCCUCCUUCCCUUUUUUUCAACACCCUUUUAACCCAUCUUCAAGAAAAUGUUGACGUUUCAACCCAAUACAUUUUCUACACAUUCUUUAUCAUUGUUUUCCUUUUUGUGGUGAUUUUCUUUGAGAUCUGUUGUGGCUUUGGGUUUAGAUCAAGAAAAUGUGGGAAACCUGGUUGUAAAGGGUUGAGAAGGGCUAUGGAAUUUGACUUGCAAUUACAAGGUGAAGAGUGUUUCUUGAGAUCUGGUGGUGGGUGUGAGAGUAGUAAUACUAAUAAUAAAGCUGUGAAGGAGAUUAAUGAGUUGCCUUGGAAAGGUGGGACUGAGAAUAAUCCUGAUUAUGAAUGUCUUAGAGCUGAGUUGAGGAAAAUGGCACCACCAAAUGGACGUGCUGUGUUGCUUUUUAGGUCUAGAUGUGGGUGCCCGGUGGCGAAACUUGAAGGUUGGGGUGCUAAACGAGGGCGCCGGCACAAGAAGGCUUUGGCACUUAAUGGUAAAGCGGAGCCUCGCUGAAUGUUGAUCAUUGCAUAUUGGGAUCUAGUUUGUUACCUUCUGAAUUUCAGAAGCAUGGGAGAUUGGUAUUGUUGUUUAGAACCAUUUAUUAAUCCCAUUGACCGAGCUUCAGCUCCUUGGAACUUACUUUAGAACAAUGCUCAAUGUGUACAAACUAUAGACACAACUUAUUUCUUUUCUCAAGAAGCACAUACCAUAAAACAUGAAUAAAUUACAUAAUUAGCAGUCA